GGGGGACAUGAACGUGGGCAAGACGUCGCUGCUGCAGAGGUACAUGGAGCGGCGUUUCCCGGACACGGUCAGCACGGUGGGCGGCGCUUUCUACCUGAAGCAGUGGCGCUCCUACAACAUCUCCAUCUGGGACACGGCAGUGCAUCCAGGAGAAAAUGCUGCAGUUCUGGGUUAUGAAAUCAUGGCGCCUGUGAAGUUAGCUGAGAAGUCUUGGCACGCGUGGCAGAGCCGAGGGCCUCAGCCGUGUGAGCGUCUGAAGGAUGAGGUGGCACACAACUGAAGAUGCCAGAUGAGAUGGACCAUCCUUAAGGACCAUGAGCCCCCAUCAUUCUCCUUCCACUCUGCGUAGAAGCCAUGGCCCCAGCUCCACAUGUAGGCAACUGCUCCUGGAUCCAGGGAAUGACAGGGGUAUUUGUCCAAAGAGAGGGCGGGAGCAGUUCCACGGCCUGGGCUCCAUGUACUGCCGGGGCGCGGCUGCCGUCAUCCUCACCUACGAUGUGAACCACCCGCAGAGCCUAGUGGAGCUGGAGGACCGGUUCCUGGGCCUCACAGACACCGCCAACACUGACUGCCUCUUCGCCAUUGUGGGGAACAAGGUGGACCUCCUCGAGGACGGGACCGCAGACAGCCAGGAGAAGGAAGGGCUUGGCCCCGGGGUGGCUGGGGGUGGCAGCAGCGGAUCGCCCAAAGUGCCCAAGCAGGUGCAGCCAGAGGACGCGGUGGCUUUUUAUAAAAAGAUACUGAAGUACAAGAUGCUGGACGAGAAGGACGUGCCAGCAGCUGAGCAGAUGUGCUUCGAGACCAGUGCAAAAACUGGGUACAACGUGGACCUGCUGUUUGAAACCCUGUUUGACAUGGUGGUGCCCGUGAUCCUGCGGCAGAGAGCCCAGGGGCCACCACAGACAGUGGACAUCACCAGUUAUAAGACGCCCAGACGGACCAGAUCCGGGUGCUGUGCCUGACUCAGAGAGGCCUGAGCCCCAGUGUACACGAUUGGCCAGGGAAUGACCGAGCGUGCUGCACACAGGAGCGUGCGAGUCCAGUGGCUUCUUACAGGGGCUGCACACACAGGAGGUGGUCCGUGUGCAAACCACAGCUGGCUGUUGAGCGGUCCACGGGCGUGGUUCCCACGUGGCUGUGUUGGGAGGCGGGGGCAAGUGAAUCACCUGCAGAAAACACUCUUCUGAGCCAAGACUUCCAGGGACCGCUCCUUUUCCUAACAUCCUGGCCUCGUCGAAGUGUGCGGCUGGGCUUUCUCGGCCCCUGGCCUGUGUGUGGGCCCCUGGCCUGAGUGCCUGCCCCACUGUUUUCUCAGAUAUUUUCUUCACUGUGGUUUCUCCCUGGUCCUACCAUUUGGUAUCUGUGUCUUGAUGCAUCACAAUGAUUCUUGGCGUGUUAAUUUCUACAACAUCCAGAAUCACUGCUUUUAUACUGGUUGCAGCCAUGUGAGCUAUGCAUAUUAUUAAAAAGGAUUAUG